AUGUCUUCCGAACAGCGACGGCGCCCAGUGUCGGUAGAGGAAUUCCUCACGCCUCUCCGCAUCGAUGAUACGAUAGUGCACGACCUCUCUCUGGAGAUGGCUAGGACUUUUACGGAGCUGUCAGCCAAGUCGGAGGUCCAAUGUCUGCCUACCCCGAUCAGCGAGUCCCUUCUCAGACGAGUCAACGGUGCUGACCGUGGUCGAGGCGGCACAAACCUGAGAGUCGGUUUUAUUGAACUGCUUCCAGAGGAGGCGCGGAGCCACGAAGGAGGCGUGGUGAAUGGGAGCUCAGCAGCAGGCCACCACGGCUCGAGACUGCAGCGGCUCCUCGAGCAGUCCUGGCCCAUAGGCGAGCAUCUCAAGAAUGAGAACCCCGAGAGCCUAUUCUCCUGGAUCGGCCAGUCCAUAGCCACCGUGGUCAGGAGGGCGCAGGAGGAGUGGGGCUUUGGUCCAGACAGCGCCCUGCCUAUGGGGGUCACCUUUAGCUUCCCGGUGGUCCAGACCUCGGUGUCGCAAGCAACGAUCAUGUCUAUGGGAAAAGGGUUUGCUAUCACCUCGAAGUUGGACUUGGGCUCGCACCUCCUCGCCGGGUAUGAGCAGCAUCGCCAGGACCUGCCGCGCAUCACCAUCGCGGCUAUUGCCAACGAUGCCAUCGCGACGCUGGUCUCGUUCAUCUACCAGUUCCAGGCCAGUCCGAACCAGAAGGCUGCGAUGGGCCUUAUCUGCGGGACCGGGAGCAACGCAACAGUCCCCCUCAGACUGAGCAGCCUGCACCCAAGCAAAAGGCCCGAGACGGUGAGUGUGCUACCGGGCCAGGCGGGUGAGGACGUCAGGCUGGCGGUGAACACCGAGUGGGGGAUCAACGGCACGGCACCCCCGCUGCGAAAAUUUGGCCUCAUUAGCCGGUGGGAUACGGAGCUCGACAUGGCUGGUGAGGCGCCCGGCUUUCAGCCGCUGGAGUACAUGACAUCAGGUCGCUACCUUGGCGAGCUCGGUCGCCUCAUAUUCGUUGACUACCUGACUUCAGUCCUUGGGUUCGAGGCGGGCGGACUGCCCUCCAAGCUCAAGACGAGGUUUGGUCUGAGCACGACGUUUCUCAGCCAUUUCGGCCCUCGAGGCGAAGGAACAUUACGAGAGCAGCUGGACAGGGAGGUUCCAAUGGAGAAAGAUAAAGAGAACAUGCAGUCCCCGUCGCGUUGGACAGACGAGAUCGCCAGUGCUCUUUAUCAAAUUGCCGUGGCCAUCGAGGCCAGAGCAGCGGGGAUUGUGGCGGCCAGCACUGUUGGCCUUUUGAUGUGCGCAGGAGAGCUACCAUCACCAUCACUAUCAACAUCUACAAACACGAUAACAAGCCCUCCUCCACCAGCGAUGAACGCUGAGAACGCCACCGAGCUGGUCGUGGGCUAUACAGGAGGCUGUAUAACAGGCUUUCAAGACUACCUCAAGGACUGCCAGGCCUUUUUGGAUAAGGUUGUUGCGCUGGAGUAUGGCAGGGACACAGAGCGCCGGGUGCUACUCUCUCCUUGUCAUGACGGUGGGAUCAUUGGGGCCGGCAUUCUAGUUCCCGCAUCACUCCACAACAUACAUACGUACAUGCAGCUGCAGCAGCACCAAAAAGGCGCUUGA